CGAACAAUCCAGAGAGAGAGACGAUGUACAGGACAUGAGCGAGAACUUUGUUGUCAAAAAAACGAUCUACGACAGCAUGGCGCAAGAAUUGCGUGACAACGACACUGAGGAAGAGGAACCCAGUGACGACGAUGAUGAGGAGGGCGAAUCGAGCGACGACGAUGAUGAGGAGGAAGAAACGAGCGAGGAUGCCGAUUCAGAAGACACAGACUCUGAGGAUGAUGAAGGGAAGGACGAGUCGGGAAUUGAUGUCGACAUGUUCAAGAAGAGUCUAUCUGGAGAACUUUUAGGAGAAGCGAAGCACAUAACAGCACAGGAGGUGAGAAGAGGACUGUACAGCAAAUCAAGCAAGAGUGAGAAACCUCCUUACAACUUGGGAAAGCACGGCAGGAACGCACGUGUGUACAACAAGAAAGCUAACUACCACGUGAACAUGAAGAAUGUCGAACUAGUUCUGAAGGAAGAUUGCUGCAAGGCAAACUGUUACAAGAAGUUCACGGCGGUAGAUGUUUUCUACAAGCGCGAAGAAUUUUGGGCGAUGAAACAACAUGAGCAACUGAACUUCUUUCUCGCAGAGAUGAGGGCUGCGUCGUACUUUUUGGAUGAGGGAGAUCCAGAGGUGCUAAGGGUGACGUUCAAUGGCGUAAAGAUUUGCACAAAAGCAUGGGGAAAACUGUACGGAUGCUCAACUAUACAUGUUGCAAAGAUACACAAAGAGUUCAGAGAAGGAAUGAUGCUGUACAAGCAUGCAAACAAAGGAUCAGUCGGAUUAUCUGCUUCAUCACAACAAAUUAUCGUCUGGUUGCAUGAAUAUUUUCGAUACAAUGCAGAGAGUAUGCCAAAUUGCGACCAGUUUCAUCUUCCAGAUACUCUCCGGCACAGAGACGUGUACGACUUCUUCAAGCGAGACUGCAAAGAACUCUACACGAAUAAGACUCUUCCUUCCCGUUCCAGAUUUAUGACCAUUUGGAGGGUUUACUGCCCGAAAGUUCUUAUUCCUGCAUUGAAGAGGUUCUCGGUCUGUUCCACGUGUCUGAAAUUCAAGACAGGCCGUUCACAGGCAACAAGUGCGUUCGAACGAGCUGAUGUCAGCAGAGCAGGUGACGAAGUUCCACCAACUGCCAAUGGCUUUGACCAACGCUGGGAUGAUCUGUUCCCUCCUGAGAGACCCAUCUACAUCGACGCACGAAAGAGCAGACAGUUUCGAGAGGACAGAGACGGAAAGUACGACGAUCUCGAGGUCAACACUUUCAUCGCAUUAUUAGCUUGUUCAGGGCAGGAAGAGAGAGGCAAAUCUUACCACAUUGGCAAGGUUGUCGAGCUGCUAGCAGAAGAAGACGAGAAAGAGGAGGAGGAUGACGACGAUGAGGAGGUGGAGGAGGAUGACGACGAUGAGGAGGAGGAGGAUGACGAUGAGGAGGAGGAGGACGACGAUGAUGAGGAGGAGGAGGAGGAAGAGGAGGGGAAAGAGGAGGAGGAGAACGAGGAGGAGGACGACGACGAUCGACCUCCCGGCUUGGCGCAAGACGAGAAAGAGGAGGAGGAUGAUGACGAUGAGGAGGAGGAGAAGGAGGAGGAGGAGGAGGAGGAGGAGGACCACAACGAUGAUGACGACGAUGAGGAGGAGGAGGAUGACGACGAUGAGGAGGAGGAGGACGACGACGAGGAGGAGGAGGAGGACGACGACGAGGAGGAGGAGGAGGAGGAGAAGGAGGAGGAAGAAGAGGGGAAAGAGGAGGAGGAGAACUUGAACGAGCCGCAGCUAGCCCCUCGACGAGAUAAGUGCUCCCGGAGGUAUCGUCAGCUGGCGGGGCCUUUUGCUCUGGUGGAGGUGGUCUCCCUGUCUGAUAACGACGACGAGGAGGACGAGGAGGAGGAGGAAAAAGAGCAGGAGAAGGAAAAGAACGAGGAUGGGGAAGAGGAAGAAGAAGAGGAGAUGGAGGAGAAGGAUAACGAGGAGGAGGAUACCGACAACGAGGACGAUGAGGAGGAGGAGGGAGAAGAGGAGGAGGAGGAGAAGGAGGAUGGGAAAGAGGAAGAAGGAGAGGAGAAGGAGGAGGAGGAGAAGGAGGAGGAGGAGGAGGAGGAAGAAGAGGAGGAAGAAAAGGAGGAGGAGGAGGUGGAAGAAGAAGUGGAGCAGGAAAGAGGAGAAGCAAAAGGCGGAAGAGGAGGAGGAGGAGGAGGAGGAAUAGGAGGAGGAGGAGGAGGAGGAGGACGAAGGGAGGCAAACUCACCUGGCGUGGGCGGGCGAUGGCGGGUGGGUUGCGGCCGUUGGGCGUCGGAGUUCGGCAACUGCAACGCCGAACUCCACCGACAGGGCAGUGCGAAUUCGCGUGUGAGACAGCGCCGCCGCAUCUCGAAAUUCGAAUUUGAAAUCGGCCUGAUCUGGGCCGUCGAUCGCAAAGAUCUGACGACGUAGAUUGGGCCAUUUUCGUUCUCGAUUUUUGAGGCCCUGCCGGCCUCGGAAUUUUUUUCACUUCAGCUCCCCCCCUUAGGCCCUGCCCACUUUCCACUCUCACGGCAUCAGAUUCCCCUUGGAAGCCCCAACCCCAUUUUUCGCACCGAUUGGACGUAGGGCCCCGGGCGGACGACCGACCGGUUGUCCGAUCGGACAACCCCGGACGGUCAGGGGGGUCCGGACGUCCGAUCAGGUAACUUAGAAAUGGUUCAAUUUUCGAUAAUGAUGUAUGCUAGCGCCUAAUGUACAUUGAAGGUACUAAGGGGAAUAAGCAGCGUUUGAAAUGGCCAAACGGUAACCCUGCAGAAAGUGUUAUGAGCAAAUCAUGUACGAAACGAUAAUCUUGGCAAGCAAUGGCAAGACUAUAUGUAUAACAUGAUGCAAACAAAUUUUCUGGAAACAG